AUGUUCUCGCCGGCCAGUAUUACACUUUUAUCUUUACUAGCAGUAUGUGCGUUUUAUAAGAUGCUACUGCCAAGACUUUAUCCUCGUGUGUUGCCUGGCAUUCCACACAACGAGAAGCACGCAAAGCGUCUUCUUGGGGACUUGCCCGCAGUAGAAUCUCACGCAGCCGAGAAGGGUUGCUCAAAGAGCGAAGCCACAUUCGACACGAUCAACCGCGGCACCACCAAUUUUCCGAUUGCUCAGAUGCUCGUGCCAAACAUCAUGCCCCACGCCAUCUUGAUGAUCGACGACCCGCGCGAGGUGGAGGAUAUCCUGCGCCGACGAGGUAAAGAAUUCGACCGCUCCUCUAUGACGGCUGCGUUUUUCAAGCCUCUCUUGCCCAAGGCCAGCAUAUCUCUAUUUACGACCCCGGAGCUGAAGGCUCAGAAGAAACUGUGGGCCGAUUCCAUGUCGUCCGAUUUUCUGAAGACUGUGGUGGCUCCGCACGCCUUCCGCACAGUAAGUUUGCUCGUCGACAUUUGGCGCCUCAAGGUGGGGACAGAGUUCCAAGCCCAGUCCGAUCUUCUCGACGGUCUGAUGGACUUGAUGUGGGCGACCGUGUUGGGCAGCGACCUGGGUGUGUUGAGUAGCAAGUUAGCGGCCCCGCCCACCACAAGAGCGGACCUGUACCUACUCCCGAAAGCCGCGGCCACUUCUCGGCAAAUGUUUUUCGAUGCAACCUCCUUCCUAGAGGGUGAGAGCGUUUACACCAGGGCCGGGUGGGGCCAGCUCCGAUCGGGAUUCAUCAACCUUCUGCCCGGCUACCACCGGGUCCGGAAGAAUAUGAAUCGUGAAAUGAAACGUCUCAUUGCCGCCGCUCGAUCUAGACCUCAGCAGAAGCAUGGGUCGCAGAACAGCGGUAUGACCUGCGCAAUGGACUUUGUCCUCGAGCGAGAGUUACAACUAGCCGACAAGGGCAACAUCGUCGAGGCGACAAACCUGGAACAAGAGCUGAUGCUAUUCAUGAUUGCCGGUAUUGACUCGACUGCGUUCACCCUUGCAUGGUGCCUCAAGUUGCUUUCGAAGCACCAGCAAAUCCAACACGAGUUACGCGACGCUCUCAAAACUGCCUUUGGGGACUGUGAUAACGGUGAGAGCCUCCCUCCGGUACACGAUCUAGCCAGUAAGGAUAUCCCUUACCUCGACGCCUUCAUUCAUGAGAUGCUGCGCAUAGCCAAUACAUCAGGCUCGGUUGUGCGCCGCGCCACUACGGAUACGACAGUCCUUGGAUGCUCUGUGCCAGCCGGGACCGAGCUUGUACUAAACACCAGGGUCAUCAAGACCCCGAUAUCUGUUGAUGAGACUCUCAGAAGCAUCACCUGCCGCGAGGCGCAGACCAAGCGUCCUCGUGGCGGCGUAGAGGGCCCUAGUGGGCAAAAUCUGGAAGCCUUCGACCCUCGCCGAUGGCUGUACUCCGACACUGAAGGCAUGGACGUCUUUGACCCAGAGGCACUGCCGACGCUGCUGUUUAGCCACGGGACCAGAGGCUGCUUUGGGAAACGGCUUGCCAUGUUGAAUCUACGCGUGUUCAUUGUUAUCUUGGUUUUCUCUUUCAAGUUCAUGCCCAUCCCUGAAAGCAAAGACGACUGGUCUGCCGAUGAGGCAAUAUUUAGGUCACCUAAGCAGUGCCUAGUGAAACUCUCCGUAUGCGAUCAGUAG